GCGGACCGGUACUAGCGAGGUACAUCCAAGCUAAACCUUGGCCCUUCCAUCCCAACCCCCCUCUCCCACUUUCUACAACAAUCACGCUCCUGCAUGUUUUGUGCUGCCUCUCUUGGAAUUGGAUCUUCUUAAUUCUACAACCGACAUCCAUCUUUGUCUCCUCAGCCUCUGAGCACAGGCGCCACCCCAGCGGCCACUCCUCGGCCUAGACAGACGGGUACACACACGAGUGAUAUUCCCAGACUCCCAGAUCCCCUUCUCGACUGAAUAUCUUCAGCCAGGAAUCCCUACAACACUCCAUCCCGUCCUGACCGUUCAAUCUACUCCUGACGUCUCUGUCAACCUUCUUGUCCAUCUCUUCCUACCCAUCCACCGGCACACAACAGCCCCCAACCCCCGCGACUUUGACCCUGUUCCCCACUGUCGGCGCCCCAGUUAUCAUCACCUGGAAGCUUGACCGAAACCCCCCCCCCCGAACCUUGCAGGUUCAGUCUGGUGGUUGUUGCUCGGCACAAAACCUUAUUGCGACUCUCCGGUGAAGACACGCAGCAACUCUCCUGUCUACCUCUCUGGUCAGCGCCACAUGUCUGAUCUGCCUCCCCGACCGCGACCCUCUUAACUUCCCGUCUGCCGCCUCUGGCACGGCCACCAAAUUACCUCGAUACGUCAUGGGGUUCAAUAACCCCCUCCGCUCGCGGCACGGCCAUGGGCCCCAGCUACCCGUCUACGAGAAGGUCGCAAAGGAUCAACUGUCCUCUCAGGAAGAGUAUGACUCCGACAUCACAGACGACGAGCGCGAGGACGACUCCUCCGCCGCAUCAUCCCCCAGCCGAGACUCGAGACGGACAACGUCCUCCAUGUCCUCAAAAACGAAGAUGCUCAAGCGGAAGCUCAGCAUCAACUCGACACUCGCACCCCCCACAACUGCAGCCGCCAUGCUGAGCCCUAUAAAUUCGAGGCGGACCACAUUCACCCUCUCUCGCACUGGUAAGGGCUGGAAGUUCUACCGACUCCCACACAAGAUCACACGCAUGCUCUGCCUCGGCCUCUUGGUAGGCAUGAUAUUGUUCAUUUCCGCCUUGUACCACGCCGGCGUUUCGGAGAACCGGAGGGUGAUGAAGGGUGAAUUCCCGCCGCGCCCGCCAGCUCCAAACACAUGGGAGUCAUUUAGUUUUCUCACACGCUACUACGGAGGCGUUAGGACCCUGGUCCCCUUCAAGGACAACAUACCUCAGUAUCCGCGGCUUGUCGACGAGCUCCCCUUCAACGGUACCGAAGGCGAUGGGCCGGCGUUCUUCACCGGUGCGAAGGAUCCUGUCGAUAGCAGCGCCCUCCCUCCGAGCAAGGCAUUUGCUUCCGAGUACAAGAAUUCGGUCUUUGCCAAGGGCGACAAGGUAACCGAGUGCUUCUUGGACAGUGAGCGGAAGAUCAAAGUUCCUCACAUCCGAUAUUAUGAUGGGCGCCCUGCUGGAUUCCCUCAGAAUGUCCUUGGCUCGUAUGAACUCCUGGAUCUUCCCGAAGAUAUCUGCUUCGACCGUCAUGGCAGGCUCAGCCCAUAUGGAUUUGGGUACUCGGUCCGCGCAGGUGGUUUGGGUAUUGGUGAGCACGGAGACAAGGACGGCUCGCAGCUUGUCUGGAAGGACAGUCAGAAAAUCGACUGGCGCAACACCGACUGGGCUGAUGUGCAGCGUCAGUGCUACCAGUCCAACGAAGAGCGCUUUAAGCCUCUCGCCCGCAGGCACCACCCGCCUCGCGGGUUCUACAUCAACGAGAAAUUCGCCAACGAGACCCUUUUCAGGAGAGACGACCCCGUCUCCAAAAUCGGAGAGGCACCUGACCCCCAGAAAGAAACGAAUAAAGACAAGACUGUCGACGCGACCAUUGACAAAACAAUUCAGAAGCCCGAGCACGGUGAUUUGCCCCGGACGGCCGUCGUCAUUCGCUGUUGGGAUGAAUACCCGUGGAGGGAGGAGGAUGUCCUUUACUUGAGGACCAUCAUCACUGAGCUGUCGCUUGCGUCCGGCGGCCGUUAUGACGUCCAUCUCCUUGUUCAGGUUAAGAACGACGCAGCACACCCCAUUUGGGCUGAUGACGAAGUGUAUGAGCAGAGGAUUAAGGAUACUGUCCCAGAAGAGCUGCGGAACAUGGUUACCCUCUGGACCGAGACGCAGAUGCUUUCUUUGUACCAAGGCAUCCACGACCUGUGGACUCGGGGAGAGGGCUUGCCCGUUCAUGGAGUGUACCGCGGACUGCAAAUGGCCAUGCAAUACUUUGCAUACAACCACCCAGAGUAUGAAUAUUUCUGGCAGUGGGAGAUGGACAUCAGGUACACCGGCCACUACCUCGACCUGUUCACCAAGAUGGAGCAGUGGGCCGUGCAGCAGCCGAGAAAAGGCCUGUGGGAUCGCAACGGUCGCUUUUACCUGCCAGCGGAGCACGGGAGUUGGGAGGACUUCAAACAGAUGGCGCGUGUGCAGUCAGAGAUGGGAACCCCGGGUGUCGACGACAUAUGGAAGGGCCUCGGCAACAAGCAGCCAAAACCACUGGAGUAUACUCGCGGAGAGAAGGUCAUCUGGGGCCCAGUCCGUCCUGUCGACGAGAAGGAUUGGUUCGAGCCCGAAAAGGAUCCAGUCCCGCCACCGUAUGAGCAUGACAAGUAUCAGUGGGGCGUUGGUGAAGAACCCGACCUGAUCACCCUGAACCCCAUGUUCGAUCCGGAGGGCACGACUUGGCUGUUGGCUGACGAUAUCACCGGCUACAACGAGUCUGAGGGCAUCGGCAAACCUCCCCGUCGCGCCCAGAUCAUCACGGCCUCGAGAAUGUCCCGGCGGAUGCUCCUGACCAUGCACCGCGAGACGGCGUUCAAGAAGCACCACGCCUUUCCCGAGAUGUGGCCCGCAACGGUAGCCCUGCAGCAUGGGUACAAGGCAGUCUACGUCCCUCACCCGUUAUACGUCGAUCGCGAGUGGCCCACCCAGUACAUGGCUGGAGUCUUCAAUGCCGGUAAGAAUGGCGCUGCGGGCGGUUCGAGAACAUCGGUAUUUGGUCAGAGGGAACAUAACCUCCAGGGCCUGUCGUGGUUUUAUAAUUCGGGCUUUGCGCCGAACCUAUAUCGCCGCUGGCUGGGACUAAAGGUCAACAACGACGGCGGCGAGGAGUUCGAGCAAGUGAGAGAUAUGAGCAAGGACGAAAGCACUGUCGGCCAGAUGCGCGGCGGCGAGGGGCGGAUGUGUCUACCGCCCAUGUUACUGCAUCCAAUCAAAGGGGUUGACCUGCCAGUCGAACAGGAUCCGAUUGGAGAAGAAGUCGUCGAGUCAGACCCGGCGGCAUGAGUGGGAGAGAUGAAGUCGAGCGAAUUGUAUAGCGGCGGAAGGAUCGUUGCGCUUACACGAGAGGGUUAUAUCACAUGGGCGACCGGCCGAAUGAGGCGGGCAGCCGGAAAGGCACUACAGGAGUUCUUGGCGUCAGAUUUUCGGGGGACACGGGUCAAAUCACAAGAGGCCUAUUCGGCUUAUGGGCGGCGGGCGCAAAGGCCCUGGGAAGCGUAUCAUGUCUGGAUCAGGAGGAACAUGGUGUCUGUCUCCGCCCUUCGAGGUUGGGCUUUGGGCGUUCGGCCAUCCAGCUGUGCUUGGAUUCUGCCUGUCUGUCGAAGUUUUGGGGGGAGUUGGAUCUUUUUUCCAUUUUGUUUGUGUCCCUGGGCGCCUCUCCUUUUUCGCCCAAUUCAUUUACAGAGAUGCGAUCCACAUCAUUCAUCACAGGCCUCGCGCGGGUGGUACAAUCCGAGGCAGCACUGGGUUAGAAAAGCAUACAUGUACAUAUUCUGCUUUUGAUAGAACGCACUACGGUGCCCUAAUGAUGAGUGAUGAAUGACCUGGACAACACCGAUGCUCG